UUUAUUUAAUUUUUAUGUUUCUUUUAAGCUGUUUCUCUUUAAUUUUGUUUCGUCUUUCUAUUUUUAUGAAUAAUUUUUUAAUCUAAAUCCAAAAUGCAGGCAAAAUGCAGCAUUUUAAAGAGCAUUAUGCCCGUAAAAAUAUACAAGUCAACCAGUGCCGUAUACCUGACCUGCAUAUCGAAGAUCUCGAUAUCGGCUUUUGUGCCCGAAUGCAAUCAAAAGCUGGUGGUGGAGAAGGCCAUUGUCCAGGCCCUGGACGAGAGCAUCAUGCCGCAGGCGUACGCCGACCGGCAGCUGGAGGCCGAGGAGCUGAUGCACCGUUCUCAGACAAACUUUCGCAAGUUGAUUGCCGAACGGAGCAAGACCGGGAAACAGAUUCGUUGGGCCCAAAAUACCCAAGUAAGGACAAGUAACAACGAGCUGGCAGUCGUGCCGCAGUCGUCUGCCAUCAGGAAGCUGGCAUCCGGGGAGCCCUCGGAUAGGGGUCAGGCCGUCAAGAAGAAGGUGCGAUGGGGACAAAAUACCCAAAAGUGCUUCAACAAGGAACUCGAAGCCACACACCCAAUGCCCGUUACCAAUGUUCCUCUCAACGAUAAUCGCACCUGCAAGUCAUAUCGUCGCAGCAGGCGCAAGAGAAGGCGUACUCGCAUCAAACUGCCGACCAUCGAUGUUGCGACAAUUUUGGAGUUCAUCAAAAUUCUGCUUCUGAUGAUCGGUUUGUGCAUUACAGCCUAUCUGAUGGCCGAUCUAUCACAAUGAGUAUAUUUCCGCCUUGUUUUUCCGCUUGUAAUUUUCUUAAUGGAAUGUGAAAAUGUACAAAUGUGAUUUGUGAAAUGUCUGGCUGUGUCUGAGUCUGUGCCCGUGUCUGUUGCUUUAAUUUCCCCCGAUCGAACCAUCAAUCAGGCAAUGCGAAUGCGUUUAGCAAAACAAAGGCGAAUAAACUGAGCUCAAAGACCGGGAAAAUUUUUGUAGGAAAUGCCGCUUAUGUAAAGUAGAAUAUCCGCCGGGGCGACCCGAAGUCCAAAACGGAAGCCAAGGUGCGAAAAACAAUAAAAAAAGAAAUAAAAAAAAAAAAAAUACAAAAUCUAACCAACCAAACGGAAGUGGGAACCAACGACGUUUCCCUCCAAGCUACAACAACAACAUCAUGAUGAUGAAGAGCUACAAUUCUGAGCUACAGAUUUUGCCAAUUUACUCAAAAUGACUUUUCACCCAUUUUCCGGCAGCCAAAAAAACAAAAAUUAACUUUUCUAUAGCAAAGGAAAUGACUUAACUAAAAUUUUGUUGGUUGCUCGACAUCAAUAGGCAAAGCUGAA